CCGGUCAUGACUUUCAGAGCGUGGUUUCUCGGCAUAACCUCUUGCGCCAUUCUCAUCUUCCUGAACACCUUCUUCACCUACCGCACGCAGCCAAUGACCAUCUCGGCCAUCCUCAUGCAAAUAGCCGUGCUUUUCGUCGGCAGAUUCAUGGCUGCGACGCUGCCGAACAGGGAGGUAAGGCUGUUCGGCGGGCGCUGGUGCUUUAAUUUGAACCCGGGGCCGUUCAAUAUUAAGGAGCAUGUUAUUAUUACCGUAUUUGCCAACUGCGGGGUGUCGCCAGGGGGAGGGGAUGCCUAUUCUAUCGGCGCCAUUACGGUCAUGAAGGCUUAUUAUAAGCAGAGUAUCAGCUUCCUCUGUUCUCUCAUCAUCGUCCUCACCACGCAGCUGCUUGGCUAUGGUUGGGCUGGCAUGUUGAGAAAAUACCUAGUCGAACCUGCAGGAAUGUGGUGGCCAGCUAACCUUGCUCAAGUUUCUCUAUUCAGAGCUCUGCAUGAGAACGAGAACAAAGAUCCGCACCACAAAGGUCCAAGCAGAAUGAAAUUCUUCCUGAUAUUCUUCUUCGCCAGCUUCUUCUACUACAUUUUCCCAGGGUUCCUCUUCCCCGUCAUCUCCUUCUUCUCAUGGGUAUGCUGGGCAUGGCCUCACAGCCUCACUGCUCAACAGAUAGGCUCCGCCUACAGCGGCCUUGGCGUCGGCGCCUUCACCUUCGACUGGGCUGGCAUCUCUGCUUAUCAUGGCAGCCCUCUGAUAACUCCCUGGUUCUCCAUCCUCAACAUUGCCGCCGGCUUCGUCAUGUUCGUUUACGUCAUAGUACCUCUCUGUUACUGGAAGUUCAACGGAUUCGGCGCCCGCAAAUAUCCAAUUUUUUCCAACAAGUUGUUCACCUCGACGGGCCAGAAGUACGAUACGACUACAGUCUUGACGCCGGAAUAUAAGCUCAAUGUGCCGGCUUAUAACAGCUACGGGAAGCUUUUUCUCAGCCCUCUGUUUGCGCUCUCUCUGGGCUCCGGGUUUGCCAGGUUCGCUGCAACCCUUACCCACGUUGCCCUCUUCCAUGGCAGAGAUAUUUGGAACCAGAGCAAGUCGGCAGUGAACGCAGAAGAGGAAAACAUACAUGCGAAGAUGAUGAAAGAGUACAAACCGGUGCCGCAUUGGUGGUUUCUCAUUCUUCUAGCAGGAAGCGUCUUCUUCUCCCUCUUGAUUUCUUUUGUGUACAAGGAACAGGUUCAGUUGCCAUGGUGGGGGAUGCUCUUUGCCUUCGCUCUGGCCUGGCUUGUCACUCUCCCCAUUGGCGUCAUACAAGCUACAACUAACCAACAACCUGGAUAUGAUAUCAUUGCGCAGUUCAUGAUCGGAUUUAUAUUGCCUGGGAUGCCGAUAGCCAAUCUUCUCUUCAAAAUAUAUGGAAGGAUAAGCACAGUUCAUGCUCUCUCCUUUCUUUCUGAUCUCAAGCUUGGUCAGUAUAUGAAGAUUCCCCCACGGUGCAUGUACGCCGCCCAGCUUGUGGGCACACUAAUCGCUGGCGCAAUCAACCUCGCCGUAGCAUGGUGGAUGCUCGAAACCAUCGAGAACAUCUGUGAUACUGACGUUCUUCCCUCCGACAGCCCAUGGACUUGCCCAAAAUACCGUGUAACCUUCGACGCCUCCGUUAUCUGGGGUCUCAUCGGCCCUGCGCGCCUCUUCGGUCGCGCCGGCCAUUACCACCACCUCGUCUGGCUCUUUCUUGUCGGCGCAAUCCUCCCUUUCCCCUUCUGGAUCCUCAGUAAAUGCUACCCAAAGAAGAAGUGGAUCGGCCUCAUAAACGUUCCUGUCAUCUUGUACGGAUUUGCCGGAAUGCCGCCGGCGACGCCGACGAACAUAGCCAGUUGGCUCAUAACCGGAACGGUUUUCAACUACUUCGUCUUCCGUUACCGGAAGCGGUGGUGGCAGAGGUAUAAUUACGUCUUGUCAGCGGCGCUGGAUGCGGGGACGGCGUUCAUGGGAGUGCUCAUCUUCUUCGCGCUGCAGCAGAACGAGAGGGUGAAGUUGAGGUGGUGGGGGACGGAGGUGGAUCAUUGCCCGCUGGCCACGUGUCCGACGGAGAAGGGAAUUGUGGUUGCAGGUUGCCCGGUAUUCUGAUUGCCAUGCGAGCUGCCAAUAGGAGGUAAAUGCGGCCAAAGCAAAGCAUACGUUUUUUUUUUAUUAUUUAGUUUUGUUGAUUUCUAA